AAACCCCCUGCGCGGGCCUCGUCGAGAGCCCGACUCGGAGACCCCCCUUCCCACUGUGAGACAGGAACGGUCCAUCUCUCCGCGCAAGCGCCCUAGGCUCUUCACGCCCCCCGCACUCCCUCCUACCCCACCAGCAGCGCAGGCGCAGAGCCCGGGCGUGCAGCCGCCGCCGCCGAGCCGGAGCGGGGGCCGUCGGCGCCGCAUCCCUCUCUACCUGCCGACAUCCUGCAUUAGAGAACUUGUGGCUGUGGAGAGCUGGCCAGGGAGGGACACUGCCCAGCUGCUGCUCUGCUCCUGUCUCCUGUCCCCUCCCCUGGCCAUGACAGAGACCCGUGAGCCAGCUGAGACUGGGGGCUACGCCAGCUUGGAAGAAGAUGAUGAGGACCUCUCUCCAGGCCCCGAGCAUUCCUCUGACUCCGAAUACACUCUCUCAGAGCCGGACUCCGAAGAGGAAGAAGAUGAGGAGGAGGAGGAAGAGGAGACCACUGACGACCCUGAAUAUGAUCCUGGCUACAAGGUGAAGCAGCGCCUGGGCGGGGGCCGGGGCGGCCCGUCCCGCCGGGCCCCCCGUGCAGCCCAGCCCCCGGGCCCCCCAGCCCAGCCCUGCCAGCUCUGUGGCCGCUCACCCCUUGGGGAGGCCCCACCAGGCACCCCACCUUGCCGGCUCUGCUGCCCCGCUACAGCCCCCCAGGAAGCGCCAGCCCCUGAAGGCAGGGCCCUCGGGGAGGAAGAGGAGGAGCCGCCUCGGGCUGGGGAGGGCCGACCAGCUGGGCGGGAGGAGGAGGAGGAGGAGGAGGAGGAGGAGGAGGGCACCUACCACUGCACGGAGUGCGAGGAUUCCUUCGCCAGCCUCGGGGAGCUGCAUGGGCACUUCAUGCUGCAUGCCCGGGGGGAGGUGUAGGCAGAGCCCCCACCAGGCAGCUUGGCAGAGGGGGGUGGGAGGAGGGGACUGAGGAGAUUGGGGUGGUCGCCGUGGUCUUGGGGGAUGGGGUACCGCCGAUCUGUGUCGUCUUAGCAGUAGAUGUGUGAAGGCCAGAAUAAAAGCCAAAUUCUGU